AAUUGGCAAUAUACGUUCAUUGCAAUCCAAUUCUGCGACCUGCGGAUAGGCUGCGACUCGAUUACUCGUUCUUCCUUUCUGGAUGUAAUCACAGUGUUACAAAAACGGCUUAACAAGUUAGCAGCAACGCAGAGGAUCAAUCGCCAUCACGCAUAAAUUUCGCGUUAAUUGCCAUGGGAGAUUCAGGCAAUCCACCAGAUCUCUUGUCUGCCGCCCUCUGUGAGAGUGGACUUUCAUUAGAUGAUAUAUUGAACCCGUCUAUGGAGGAGGAUGAUGAGACAAAUUCUCUCCCAGCUGAUCCCAGCAGUGUGUUGGCUCAGGCCAUGGCUGUCAGUGGUGUUGAGGAAGAUGAAGAAUCAGAUCCUCUUCUCCAGAUGUUACAAGGUGCACCUUCAAGCUCAAACAAUGGGCCUCAGAAUGUAAUCAGUACUGCUAGGGCUUUCACAGAGAACCACCAACCUGUCACUCCAACAUCCACCAAACAAACCAUAGUCAUUCGGCAAGUGUCCGCGGCAUCGUCAACAAGCCUCACCUCACCGGCCAGUGUGCUAAAGAUCAUCAGCAGUAAACCUGAUGGUCAGCAAAUAGUCACCACCAAGCCCAUUAUCCUGACCACUACAACAUCCGAGAAGGGACAAACCAGCUCUAAUACCUUAUCAAGACUCAACACCAUCCAGGGAGGGACACCAUUGAACAAGCAGUUUGUCAAGUUUUUGGUUAGGCCAUCAAGCCCGGGUGUGCAGCAAGCAACCAAGAAGACGAUAGUCCUCAAUGAUACUGCUAAGCCACCAGGUCUUACCAGAUCAAAUACAGACUCAGCCCUUUUGAAAUCAGAUGGUGUUAGAACUAUUCAAACAGUCACAAAACCAGCGGGCUUGUUUAACAGAUCAUCUUCACCAAGUGUGAUCAGGAACGGAACAACUAUACCUCGGUCGGCUUCUUUUCAACUACCAAGGAGAGAUGACCCUUCGGUAAAGAUGAAGACUCCUUUCUUUCCUUCAACUUCUCAGGGAGUAAACAAAACACUAACUGUUACAAGGCGGCAUCCCUUCCGUAUCAUUGAUGAUGAUGACGAUGAUGAUUUGGAUGAUGAUGAGACUUUAGGCUUUGCAGACACCUAUGCAAAUUAUACUCCUAGUAAAUUGAAGGUUGGUGUGAAUCACCCUGAUGCCGUAGUAGAGACGAGUUCACUUGCCAGCGUGCAGCCUCCUAAUGUCUGGUAUCAUCUGAGUAUACCAGAGAGUACUAUGGAUUAUGGGCAUCUCUCCUCCUUGCAGCUUGAAGCAAUCACGUAUGCAUGUCAGCAACACGAGACAUUACUGCCAAAUGGAACUCGAGCUGGCUUCCUUAUAGGUGAUGGAGCUGGUGUAGGGAAAGGAAGAACAGUAGCAGGAGUUAUCCUUGAGAACUAUCAUCUUGGCAGGAAAAGAGCUCUCUGGUUGAGUGUUUCAAACGAUUUGAAAUAUGAUGCUAUGAGAGAUCUGAAGGACAUAGGUGCCGGCAAUAUUCCUGUUCAUUCUCUCAACAAGUUCAAGUACGCCAAAAUCAACUCAACGGAGAAUGGUCAUGUGAGGAAGGGUGUCAUCUUUGCUACCUAUUCAUCCCUGAUAGGAGAGAGUCAGAACCGUAGCAAGUAUCGCACUCGCCUCAAACAGAUCCUGCAUUGGUGCGGAAAGGACUUUGAUGGAGUUAUUGUAUUUGAUGAAUGCCACAAAGCCAAGAACCUUGUACCUACAGGAUCAUCCAAGCCAACCAAGACUGGUAUCACUGUGCUAGAGCUACAGAAACAACUCCCCAAGGCUAGAGUGGUAUAUUGCAGUGCUACAGGUGCUUCCGAGCCUCGUAACAUGGCGUACAUGUCUCGUCUUGGUAUCUGGGGGAAGGGUUCGGCUUUCCCAGACUUCAAUGCAUUCAUCCAAGCCAUAGAAAGAAGAGGAGUAGGUGCUAUGGAGGUGGUAGCUAUGGACAUGAAGCUAAGAGGGACGUAUCUUUCAAGGCAGCUUAGUUUUCAUGGAGUUACUUUCAAGAUCAAAGAGGUGUCUCUAUCGGAAUCAUUCAAACGUAUCUACAACAAAUCAGUCAAGCUGUGGCACAUGGCUAGAGACAGAUUCCAGAGGGCAGCCAAAUUAAUGGAUGCUGACCAGCGAAUGUGCAAGUCAAUGUGGGGUCAGUUCUGGUCAGCUCAUCAGAGAUUCUUCAAGUACCUCUGCAUAGCGGCUAAGGUCAAGCAUGUGGUCAAGCUGGCAAGAGAUUCGGUCAAACAUGGAAAGUGUGUUGUAAUUGGUCUUCAGUCGACUGGUGAAGCAAGGACGUUAGAUGCCCUAGAAGAAGCAGGAGGGGAACUCAAUGAUUUUGUCUCGACAGCGAGGGGUGUAUUCACCACACUGAUAGAGAAGCACUUCCCCGUACCUGAUCGUAACAAGACGAUGAGUAUGCUGGGACUGAGCUUCAACGGUAACAUGCAUGGUGACGGCUAUGAAGAUGAGCAAGAGAAGGAUAAGAAAGGAAAGAAAAGGAAAAAGUCUGGCAAGAAGUGGAAGAAGAAAGGAGUUACCAGAGAUUGGUGGGUUGAAGACAGUGAAAGCUCAUCAGGGGACUCUGACGACGGCAGCGACGAUGAUGAUGGCAACCAGGAGAAAAAGAAGAAGACUAAAGAGAGCAAGAAGAAAGUGGAGAAGGAUGACGAUGAUGGCUUCUCAUCUUCGUCGUCAUCGUAUGAUGACUCUCCUUUCCUUGAUUCAGAUAAUGACGAGGACGACUUCAAUCCAUUUGGCAACUCAGAUUCAGACGAUGACCCCUGGUUAAACAGGAGUGGAAGGAAGAGCAAAGAACCAAAAACCAAGAAGAGGAAGAAAGAUAAAGACAAGAAAGCUUCAUUAUCUCCCUCAUCCAAAUCUAAGAGCAACUCUCAUGGGGUGGACAGCGUUGAUUCUGCCGCAGACAACGCUUUAAGAGCUCUUGGGAUCCUUCCAAAGACACCAAGGUCUCUGUCCACCGAUGCAGCGGCAACUACCCUACAAAGUCUUUCAUCAUCAGUUCCUUCAGCUACGAAGAGUAGCGUACUACCUGGUAUGGAUGCGUAUGAGAGAGGAAGGCUGAUGAGACAAGAACUGAUGGAUAUGUUAGAAGAUCUGUCAGCUGAACUACCUCCAAACACUCUAGAUGAACUCAUUGAUCAACUAGGUGGACCAGAUAAUGUGGCAGAGAUGACGGGUCGCAAGGGUCGAGUCGUCAGCCAUGAUACCGGGGUCCAGUAUGAAUCUAGAAGUGAAUUUGACAUUCCACUCGAGAUCCUCAACCUGACAGAGAAAAGACGUUUCAUGGAAGGUGAUAAGUAUGUAGCUAUCAUCUCAGAAGCAGCAAGCUCAGGUAUCUCACUGCAGGCCGAUAGAAGAGUAGCCAAUCAGAAGAAGAGAGUGCAUAUAACAUUAGAGUUACCAUGGAGUGCAGAUAGGGCUGUGCAACAGUUUGGUCGUACUCAUAGAUCAAAUCAGGUGGCAGCACCAGAAUAUGUCUUCCUCAUCUCAGAACUAGCGGGAGAACAGAGAUUUGCCUCUAUUGUUGCCAAGCGACUGGAAAGUUUGGGCGCACUUACUCAUGGUGAUAGGAGAGCUACAGAAUCCAAAGAUUUGAGUAGAUUCAACAUCGAUACCAAGUAUGGUCGUGAGGCCUUGGAGCUGAUAAUGAAAACUAUUCUAGACCUUGACACUCCUAUUGUAGAACCACCUGGGGGAAACCAAUUCUUCGUUGAAGUGAAGAAAGCCUUAGUUGGUGUUGGUCUCCUGUCCCAUAAUGAGGAACAUGACAUGUACUUCUUUGAGAAAGAUUACAACAGUAUGCCCAAGUUCUUGAAUCGCCUCCUAGGUAUGGAAGUGGAUCUUCAGAAUUCUCUCUUCAAGUAUUUCAGUGAUACCAUGGUCACCAUUAUAUCAAGGGCAAAGAAGGAGGGCCAGUGGGAUGCGGGUAUUAUGGAUAUCAGCAAUGAGAGAAUGGAUAUUAGGAGGAUACAUACUGACACAUAUGUCGCUAUGUCAGGCAAUGCUACAAAUGAACUUCACAAGGUUGGUGCAGAGAGGGGUAUGUCGUGGAGGCAGGCAAUCGACAUGUGGUCAGAGCUUUCACAUCCUGAGGAAGGAUUUUACAUCUCACAGGUGAUGAAGUUUGGUCGUAAAGUGGCAAUCCUUGCCCGCUUUCCUCCAUCCAGCUCAUCUAAGAAAAGUGCCUUACAGCUCUUCAAACCAAACAUCGGUCUGCAGAGUAAACUUGAGACAGUGAGUGAUCUCAAGCUACGAUUCAGGAAGGUAUUACCUGAUGAAGCUAAACCAUUCUGGGACGCCCUCUAUGCCGCCUCGGAGAGCAAGUGUGCCCAUGUCUUCUGGAAAGGAACGUGCAAGACAGCCAUGCUUGGUCUACCCUGUGACAUUGGUCUAAGACGUCGUACCUUCUAUGUCCUAUCCGGUGCUGUAUUGAGUGUAUGGGCGAGGGUAGAGGAGGUCCUACGUCUCAAUCCUAGGAACGGUGCUGUCAUGCAGAUUAUACGUCUCAAGACUGACAAAGGAAAGCUUGUUGGUCUUCUCAUUCCAAGUAACUGUGUACCAGCUUUGAAGGACAUGCUUUCCAAGGACACAACCAGUUACUCAGAGACAUUCUAAAGAUGGGAUACUGUCAUGCCUACUCAAGGAACUUCUUCAUGAAGCACUUCUUAAAACAUCAUAUUAAAGAUGGUCACCGGGAUCCUCAGAGCCCUUCACAAUCUGCAAUUAAUCUUUGUUUAAAUGCCUUCUUAUCAGUGGGAUCCAGUUGAAGAACCCUACUCACAGAACUUUCUUAGACAAAGCAUUUUACAGGCCAUGUUGAAAUGGUCACCUGAUGGUCCUCAAAGCCCUUCAUGGAUGUCAAGAGAUCUUGGAAUACCAGUCUUGUCAUUCUAAGCAACCUUACACAUCUUAACCUUCCAAGAAAUGCCUGGGCUAUGUCUUACAAAGAGUUGCGAUUGAUCCGUUCAACCUCAAUUGUAUGGAAAUCCAUCAGUGUCAUGAUUUCUUCUUCUGGAAAUUUGCACGUUGCCCUUGUAAACAAAGAGAAGUGCACUAAAUUUUCAAGAAAACUGAAUGAAUGAAAAUAGAAAAAUAUAUAGAAAAUAUCUCAAACAAAAAUGCAUUUCAGAUGUUGACGUUGCUGGAUUUCCAUAGUUGAUUGGAUCAAUGGCAACUUUUUGUAAGAUGGAGCCUAACAUGUAGAUGU